AUGGCGGACAACGACACCCCUGUGACGCUUCGCACGCGCAAGUUCCUCCGCAACCCUCUGCUGGGACGCAAGCAGAUGGUCGUUGAUAUCCUCCACCCCGGUCGUGCUGGUAUCUCCAAGACCGAGCUUUCCGAGAAGCUGGGUGCCAUGUACAAGGCCUCGAAGGACCAGAUCUCCGUCUUCGGUCUCAAGAGCCAGUUCGGUGGUGGCAAGACCACCGGCUUCGCCACCGUCUACGACUCCCCCGAGGCCAUGCUCAAGUUCGAGCCCCGCUACCGCCUGAUCCGUGUCGGCAAGGCCACCAAGCCCGAGCGCGCCGCCAAGCAGCAGCUCUGUGCAGGCAAGCAGCGCAAGAACCGUCUAAAGAAGCUCCGGGGCACGGCAAAGGUCAAGGGCGCCAAGCCCAAGAAGGAGAAAUAA